AUGAAACCUGCAGCGGACAAAGACCAAAAAGAUGAUAUAUUAACUCAGACGGAUACUGAAAAUACCUCCGAUCUGGAUAUACAUACUUCAAUUAUAAGUAAGGUCGAGAUAUCUCAUCCAGUGCGUAUUUGCAAAAUCAUUGAUGAGACUAAAAAUCUUAAAAUCUUCAUUACGGGAGCGUCAAAAUCAACAGAAGUUCAUAGCAGAUUGCAGCCAUUCAUUGUGUAUUCGAUCAAACUUGGACCUUUAAUAGUAAAGCGUCGUUACAGUGAGUUUGAGAGUCUUCGGAGUUGCCUUGUGAAAUGCUAUCCUACAAUGAUAGUACCUCCAAUACCCGAGAAGCAGUCUCUGGCAUCGAAUAUUUCACAGACUACGAGUUCAUCAUUAGGAAUAAUUGGACCUAACAAUAGCGAAGAACUACUUAAUCCUGAUGCUGGUGGCGAAAAUGAUAUCUUUCAAGGAAAUGAACAAAUAGUUACUAAGAACAGUGAAGAUAAGAAACAUACAGUGGAUGAAAAUGAAAAUAGGAUAUCUGUGGAUGACGCCGACGGCAUUGGUGCUGAGCAAGCUUCAAACCAUUCGCCAAAUACGUCUGUAUUUCUUUCUGGUUUGCCACAUCUUAUCGAGUAUCGGAAGAGAAUGCUUGCGGUUUUUUUGAAUCGAUGCCUUGAGAACAAACAAAUACGUGAUUGCAAAUUCUUCCUUAACUUUUUGGACCCGGAGGUUAAUUUCCACGAUUACCUUGAAAUAAAAGAAAAUCAUAUUUUAUUCAAGACAUCUAUAUAUCGACUAUCGCCGUUUAAUCCCCUGGAAAAUUUAAGUAAUCAACUUUAUCUAACGCUUCCACUUCCAUCGUCCGCUGAUAUAAGCAGGUUUAUUGAGCUUGCGGAUGAAGCCCAGUUCCAGCGUAUUGUCAACUUUGAGAAAAAGUUUCAAAAGUAUGAGGAUUCAUUAGACAAAAUCGGAAAGGAUAAUAAGCGAAUACUGAAGAACUUUGAAGCUUUAUGUCCAGACUUAGCAGAUCUUGGUUCUUUAUACAACUCCCUCUCCAUGAUGCAGGAUUCAAAUUUCAUGGAUAAUUUUGCCAAAUUAUAUGAAAGAGAGGUGAUUUUCUUGAAGGCCAUGGCUGGAUCCAUGAGUCUAAACUUUCUUGACAGGAUAGUAGAAUUGAAGCAUUUUGCAAAGACCGUGAAAGAGUUAACGGAGUAUAAUCGGAAAAAAUUCAUUCAAGGAAAGAUGGUUUCGCAUCAGUUGAGUGAUAUUCAACAGAAAUAUAAAGUUUUUGAAAUGCAGGAGGUCAAAAUACAAAACAUUGAUGCUAAGGCAAGUGCAGCAAUGGGCAAGAGUAUCACGAACAAUAAACAAAUUGCUCUAGAGGCGCCUAUAACCGAUGCUGAGCUUCAGACGGCACUUUUUGCCAAAUCUAAGAAGCCAUUUUACGGAAAAAUUCCCGGAUUUAAGAAGAUCGGCAGUGUUUUCAAGAAAUAUACCGACACAAAUCCUGAUCAAACACGCAGAAAUAAAAUGUACAACUUAAAGCUUCGUUUAUACCAAUUACGGAGGCAGCAUGAAAUUAUAGAGAAUGAAAUUGGCAAAAUAAAUAGGGAAGUGAUAAAACAAUUAGUAUGGUUUCAUAAAUGGUUCAAGGUCGAACUUAUUAAAGUGGUUGGCCAAUAUCAUGAGAGUAUGAAUGACUUUACUACAAGCAAUAUUGAGGCAAUCCAGGAGGUGUUCUGA